UAUUUUGGGGCUUGACCAGAUUGCUGUCUUCAAAUGCAAGACUCAAUCUUUGGUUCUAUAUAAGACACCAUGCACUUUGUCUAUACACAACUCAUAUUGUUGAUGUAAAACUUAAACCAUUCUCUCAUAUUCCCUGCUCUUGCUCUUUGUUUCCAUAGAUUCAGAUUAUCUAACUUGGUUCCUCACGGAUACUGUAAGCACGACACCGCGUACAUGAUUUUCAGCUUAUACUACUCAAUUACAAUGGAGAAGACAUCAUCAUCGACUACUGAUAACGCAUCAUCUUUAAUUUUCAUUGUUCUGAUUGAUGCAAUUAUUACUAUAUUGGUGCACACAGUAUCUAACUGGUUAGAUAGCACCCAGAAUUGCUUGUCAAAGUUCCAGUCUUUUGUCCAAUCCCAACAUAAGUGUUGCAACUCAAAGGUUCGGGAUGAGAAGAGCUUCGAUUCGGAGUUGAGCCAGCUGCCAAAGAUAUGUGAAAAGAAGGAUGAUGGUAGCAUGAGCAGAGAUGAUGUGAAGAUGGUGAUGGGAAACUUGGGGAUUUUUUGCAGUUCAGAAGGGGAGGAACUACCUGAAUCAUUCUGUUCGGAUGAGCUUUCAGGGCUGUUUGAUGAGAACGAGCCGAGCGUGGAGGAAGUGAAACAAGCUUUUGAUGUGUUUGAUGAGAACAAAGAUGGGUUUAUCGAUGCAAGGGAGUUGCAGAGAGUUCUCUGUAUUUUGGGCUUGAAGGAAGGUUCAAAGCUAGAAGACUGCCAGAAAAUGAUCGAGACGUUUGAUGAAAACAGAGAUGGAAGGAUAGAAUUCUUUGAAUUUGUAAAGUUCAUGGAGGCUAGCUUUUGCUAGACUAUUUUUUUCUUCAUUUAAAUCUAACAGCACAGUUAUCAUUCCCGCAUUCGUUUUUCUCCGUUUUUCUUCUAACAUGUACCUUAAUACUGUAUAUAUGUUAUAAUUACUAUCUGUAUUAAAC